AUGAAUAAUAAUAAUAAUAAUCAAAAUAAUAGGAUCAAAUUUCCAAUGGAUAGUAGCGGAAAUGGUAAUAGAUCAAAUAGAAAUGCACAAAAUUUUUAUGACCCGCCAUUAAAUUCCAGUCUUUUACCACAGCAACAAUCUCAAGAAUUUAUACAAUCACCAUCGAAUAAUAAUAUUAAUAAUAAUAAUAAUAAUAAUAAUAAUAAUAAUAAUAGAAAUGAAUUACAUUCACCACCACCAAUAUUUAAUUACAACGAAAUGAAAAAACAAUUUUUACCACCAUCAAAUUAUAAUUUUAAUCCAGCAACUACAACUUCAUCUUCAUCAUCAUCAUUAAAUAAUAGUCAAAAUGAAAAGAAUAUGAAUUCAUUUUUUAACUCUAAUCAAUUUAAACAAAGUGAUUCAAUUUUAAAUAGAAAACCUCAAAUGUUUAGAAGUAAGAGUUCUCCACAUGUGCAAUCUCCGAUAUCAUAUUCACCAAUGGAUACUUCAUUACAUAAUAAAUUAACGACAACAACUACAACUACAACAACAACAACUACAUCAUCUUCAAAUGAUAACAAUAAUAAUAAUAACAAUAGUAAUAGUAGUGGUAGUAGUAGUAUACUAUCACCAAUGUUAAUGUCACCAGUUUUUAAUAGAUUAUAUCAAUCAAAGAGUACUCUAUCAUUUGAUGCCAAUGGUUUAGUAAAUGGUUUACCAGAGGAAGUUUUAGUAAGAAUUUUCAAAAUUUUAAAUGUGGAAGAUUUAUAUAAAUGUUAUAGUGUUUGCAGUUUAUGGAAAAGACUUUGUGAAGAUGAAGCAAUUUUUAGAAAAGUUUGUUUUAGAAAUUAUCCAUGUUUAAAAACUUAUAUUAGACCUCCAUUUGAAAAUUCUUGGAGAAAAUAUUAUAAUUUAAGAAAGUCAUCAUUUUUAGUACUAGGUGGACCAACAUCACAAUCAUCAUGUAUGGAUGAUAUUUGUGCCAAAUUAAGAUCAGUUGGUAUUGGUAAUGUUGAUAGUUUUUAUGCACAAAAAAGGUUACCAACAUUAGAGGAAUUACAAAAGUAUACAAGUAUUUUAAUUUAUAGUUAUAAUUCAUCAGCAUUUUUAGAUGGUCAAUUAAUGGGUGAUGUUUUAUCAGAUUAUGUUGAUAAUGGUGGUGGUGUAGUGGUUACAGUAUUCACCAAUUGUAAUAAUCUUAGAAAUGGUUUCCUCAAGGGUAGAUUUUUAGAUCAAAAUUAUCAUCCAAUCAUUCCAGCAAGACAACAUGAUACCAAUGGUAAGAAACCAUUGAAUUUGGGUAAAAUUCAUGCUCCAGAUCAUCCAAUUUUACAUGGUGUUAAAUCAUUGGAAGGUGGCCGUUCAUCUUUCUUUUGUUUAGGUGCAAUUAAUCCCGAAGCUAAAUUGGUUGCAGAAUGGUCAAAUGGUGUCCCAUUAAUUGCCGAUUUAAGAAAGAAAAAAGGUAGAGUUGUCGCCCUUAACUUUUUCCCACCUUCCUCUGAUACUGGUGACCCCAGAUUUUGGAACUCAAAUACGGAUGGUAGUUUAAUGAUGGCAAAUUCUUUGGUGUAUGUUGGGAAGAGUUCCAUCUUUAGAAAAAGUAGAUUAGAAGGUGCCUCCUACGUUAAUGAUUCUAAAAAUAAAUCAUCAAAUGAUGCUGAAGGUUCAAACAAUCGUAAACCAAGUGAUUCAGACUUAAGAAAUAGCGAAAAUGGGUUUGGUCAAUCAAGUUCAAAUGGUUCCUCCUCAAAAAGAGAUAAAAGACAUCGAUUUCUUUUAGGAAAAAGGUUCUCCUUCUUUAAAAAUAUGUUUAAUUCUAAAAAAUCUGUAAAUCAACAGUCAUCAUCAUCGUCAUCACCAAAUAAUUAG